AUAUACAAGUACUUGAAAUUCUUUGGUAAGUUAUGAGUGAAGAAGCAUUGCAUUAAUAUGAAAGAACAAGAAAAAGAAAUUGAAUGAAGGUGUUCGCUUGUGGAAUGUGUUCGCUUCUUCUUCUCAAGGUAUGGCUUCUACUGACAAGCAGCAAAUAGGUGAUAGAGAUGCCGAGGAGAAAGAUGAAGACAAGGGUGGAUUUAUUGGAAAGGUGAAGGACUUCAUUAAUGACAUUGGUGAAAAGAAUGGGGAGGGAGCUAUUGGCUUUGGGAAGCCAACUGCCGAUGUUCCUGCCAUUUACGGCCCCUCCAUCAACCUUGACAAAGCCGACACUGUUGUUGAUGUGCUCAUUAAAAACCCUGCCCCUCUUAUCGAUAUCGACUACUUGAUUGAGAGUGAUUCAAGGAAACUUGAUAAAAAAGGAAAAAUCUACUAAAAUUGAUAAAUAUGGAAUAAGUAAUAUUGAUGUUCCCAUCACCUUCAGGCCUAAGGACUUUGGUUCUGCACUUUGGGACAUCAUUACAGGAAAAGGCACCGGUCACACCAUGAAAGGGCAUAUUAAUGGGGACACUCCUUUCAGAGCUAUGAAGAUUCCCAUCAGCAAGGAGGGUGCCACAACCAUACUCAAGAUGAACAAAGAAGAUGGUGCCAAUGAUGAUGAGGUAUGGUAACUGUUUUUGUUUGCUAGAUUCUUCAUUGUUACAUCAGAUUUUUGAUUGGCUAGAUUGAAAAUCCUGCUCAACAUUGUCUUGCUUCUUUCUUCUCAUAGCUUUUACGGUCUCGGCAGACAGUGUAGGUUAACACAGCUUGUGUCUGCAAAUCGUUACUUCUCUUGCCUUGCUUGUUAAUGAUUUCACGAUCCUUUCUCAACG